GGAAUCAUAUUACGCGGUCCACCGGGGCGGAUUUAUACCGAGGAAACAGGGUGCUUCGAACUGCAAGUAGUCUUCGGAACUGUAUCUUGUCAACCUUCCACACGACCUGUACGUACGACCGGGACCACUGGGGGUAUUAAAGUUGUUGGGCGUCCGUUUUUUCUGUUUUAGCGAGGAUUCGAUUUUGAUGCCGUCUCUUGUCAUCUACCUGGUUUUCGAUUGGUAGGACCGCAGUAUGCAUGAUGAACAGAGCUGUUAUAUGGGUUCUCUGUGCAACACGAUGUGCUGCAAAGAAGGCAUGAAUGAAAGGAAAUCUUAAUCUGAUUUUUCCAGACAAGAGACAUCAAAGUCGAAUCGAAAUAAACAAAAUGCAGGGGGACUACAACUUCCUAGAAGCAGGACCGAGCAGGACGUAAUCCACCUUCUACGCUUUGGCUCCUGCUUACCAUAGCUCCUCGCUCUGAGCAGCAAAUCGUGUAGUAGUUGCUGAAUAUACAACUCUGGGGACCCGUCCGUGCUGGUUUUGCUCCAAGUUUGGACGUCGAGGUGCCACAACUUGAAUUUUUUAUCGGUGGUGCUGUUGACUCGGGUCGUGUGUGAAGAUUCCUCACUGACGUAUCCCACAGAAAAAAGCAGGCAGGGCAGAUUUGUAAUGCACAAAUAAAUACACAGAAAUGGUCGGCCCCAUAGCAUGUUGUUUAGGAUACGCAAUGCAGAUUUUUUUGUGUAUUUAUUUUUGCAUCACAAAUGUGACCUGCCGGCUUUUUUCUGUGUGGUAGGACGAUCGGCCACGGGUGCGAUCUGCUUGCUGCUCUUUGUCCUCAAACAG